AUGUACGUCGAUGACCGGGACGCCAAUCUCAAAAGGGCCGAUGAAAUCGUCUUGGGCGUUCUCAUCGCGCUUGAUGCUGAUGCUACCGUCACUGUAGUAUUUACCAUCGGGGUUGCCUUUGCCCAAGAGGGAGAUGUCGAUCAGUCUGUCGGCGCUCUCGAAAUUCUCACCCUCGGGGCUCGAGCGCUUGGGGCCGAGGAACUUAGCGUCGCUGAGAACCUCCAAGGGUUGAUCAAGGUCACCGAUGAGGGACUUUCGGCCGCUAUCAUCAGCGUUCUCAAUCCCAGAGACAUCACCCUUGCCGAGGUCCUCCAUGGCGAUACCGAUAUCACUAAUGAGGUUGAAGUCGUCGUUGUCGGACUUUCUGGCAACGCCCUCGACGUUGUCUCCCUCUUCCCCGAGCUCAUUUUCGGCCUUGUCGGCCUCCUCCCCGAUGGUGUUCUCGGUGUCUUCGUCAACACUUUCUCGCUUAGCAUUCUUGACGCCAAUGAUAUCCCCAUUGUCCAAAACGUGGGCACUGACACCAAUAUCACCAACCAAACCCUCAUGAGAGCGAGCGUUUUUAGCACCGGUAGGAUCGCCAUUUCGGAGGGCAAGAACACCAGCGCCAAUAUCACCGGCCACACCACCCUCGUUUGA